AUGUUUUCGGAGCGAGUAGCCAAUGGCAAGUACUUGAGAGAUCUCCCCUAUUCCAAACGGUUUCUUCUAUACCAUGGCGAAGAUAGUGAAUAUUUCCAGUAUACUCUAAAAUACCGGGAAGCAUGGCAUGAUAAGUUAUUUUAUGUCAGUGAAGAUUCCUGUGAUGACUUCAAAAGUGAUUGGUCUUCGGUGACAGACUUGAACUUGCAAGACAUCGUUAUUGGUAAACCAUCGAAGGAUUUAGCAGUUCCCAUAACAACAAGUACACUUCAAAUCACAAAGGAUAAUGGCAAACCUGAGCUGGUGGAUGUAUCAACUGAUAUACCUAUGUAUUUGAAGGAACAAACCCAGAGAAAUUGUUUGAUGAUAAAUUGUGGUGGUCCGAUAACUAGCAUGAAAUGGUUAAUAAACUCUAAUCCUUUGACUUCCGUACAAUAUUUGGCAGUAUCAGUUAUCUUAUCCGAUGUUGAUGAUGCAAUUAACCUGCCAAUGUUAUCAUUAUUCCACAAGGGUAACUGCAACGAAUUACCGAGUGCUAUCAAGAUAUUUGAAUAUGACACUUCAACCAAUACUAUAUUACUAAAGAAGACCCUUUUAACCACAAAUUUAGGUCCUUCUCAUGAUUUGCAUUGGGUCCCAAUUCAUAACGAGAAAUCCAUAGGUGUUUUAGUGGGAAGUUUCUCAGAUGGGAAGCUCCAUUUGAUUAAGAUAACAGAUGCUAUUUUAAAUGGGCAGGAACCAGUAAUGGAAAUCAUACAACCAUCCUUUUCGUAUGAGUUAAAAACAAGAAUUACGUGCUUUUCGUUCUUAGGUGUUGAUAAAGCACUUGUGGGUCUUUCUGAUGGUUCAAUUGCUGAAUUCAUUUUCCCAUGGUCUCACCAUGUCACAGAUUUAUCCAUACCUUCCUUUAUUCAUAGGGUAGCAGAGACUAGUAUCACCACAGUUGCUGUUGCAGAGCAAGAUGAAAACAAUUAUGUUAUUGUCAAUAGUACAGGAACAUUUUCAUUUGCUUUUGAAUACUCUUCUUUUAUUUUAGACAGAGUUGAUAUGACUACAAACAUGUCUAUGGUUGCAUACACCUACAACAAGGCCCUUAGAGUGUGUGUUGGUGUUUUUGGUGAUUUCGUGGGGUCCUUCUUUCCUCGUGUACCACUGGAAAGUCCAAACCAAUUACUUAGAAUGAGUGGACAAAUUACUGCUUUAGGGGCAUCAAAAUGGCUUUCACAUCCUCUUUUAUUAGCGGGAAACUCCUUGGGUGAAGUCUUUAUUCUAAAUUUUGCUCGGAAAUUAUUGAAUGGGAAUAAAACUACAAAUAAAUCUUCACUUCCUCUUCGAUUAUGGAAAGUUGACUUUGAUAAUGAAUUGAAACAACAAAUAUUCAACCAUAGUUAUUUGCCUGUGCUGCCGGAUGAGGCAUCACUUACGUCACUUGCCCCCACUGAGAUCACUAUUUCAAGCUUAGAAUGGAAUGAAAAUGUUAUUGGAAGCUCUAUAUACUCUAUGGGAACUCUUGGAGGAAUGCUUCUAGUGGAAAGAUUAGAUCCAGCCAAUUAG